UCAAGCGAAGAAGACCUCCACUUCCUUGUGAACCAUGUGAUUGUACUGUCGUUUAAACGUCUAACACAAAACAGUAACACAACUGAGACCUUUGUUCUCAGUAGUUACAGCAUAAGAGGUAUUUUAAGUUUAUUGUAUUGUUGUGCGGUCGGACCACUACCCAAGGCUUGGUGCAUGGUCCUUUAGACCCAGAAGAUAACUUUAGUGCAGGUAAAUAACCUCCACUGCUACAAACUUCAUUGCCCUUAAGACCCACUACGUUUUAUACCAAAGUCAAAGUGCACGUAAAUAACCUCCAGUACUACUACCUGCACGGUCCGUCACACCCAGUAGUUGCUACUAUCACUACUAUGGAUCUCGAUCAACAACUAAUGUCUUGAUUCUCCCCAUUGAUCAGUUAACAUUAACAGCCAUUCUUGAAAACAUGAGCUGGUUUGUAAAGAAGAAGCUGCAUUGAAAUUGUUUUCGAAUCACUUGAAAAGCAUUGGAACCUUGAGGUAAACAAUUUGGAUUAGAACACGUCAUCAUCAGCAGGGACUUGUGAUUGGUUCAUUCACUCCUCCACAUGGAAGCAUCUUGACGUAUCCCUCCCUUUACCCCUUAUGUGCCUCUCCCAGCAUUGAUACUGUUUCAUCGCCUCCGGAAAUGUUACUAGGUCACAACAAAAAAAAAAAUACCUGUGCGGAUUUUCCCAGAAUAUCGAUCCAGGUUCCCAUUCACUCAUGUUCCCAUGCAGUCAAUGAUCUGGAACUUUGCAGGGAAAUAAUGCAUGUGUGAAAGGGGGCUUUACUCUAUCUCUUAUCUCUCUGUGUCUCUGCCAGCCAUGCCAGGCCAGGGCGUGGCCAGGAAGAGGUGUGUGGGCUGCAGCGCCCCGCUGGGCAUCGCCAGCCGCUCCUGCCCCAGCUGCCGGUCGGAGCAGCCCUACAAACUGUGGCUCAAGAAAAAGAUGGAGAAGUUUGACUCCAACCGAGAGAGCUGGAUCAAAGCCCAGAAGAGGUACCACAUGUCCUCCCACGUCAGAGGAGAGGCCGUGCUGCUGCUGGAGAAGCUCCACGCGCUGGGCAUGAGGGCGGUGCUGUGUCUGGCGAGGCCAGGCAGGAGGCCAGGCUCCUGGGCGGCGGAGCUGCUGGCCCCCCGCUGCCACUUCAACCACGCGGCCACCGCCGCGCUCAAACGCAUCCAGGCCCUGUUCGAGACCGUCGUCCCAGGCUGGAGUGAGACGGCCCUGAAGGCUGGAGCUCCAGCGGCAGAGACCCACGGCUCACUUGCUUCCCCCACACCCAAGACCCAACCCCCCGCCGACCAGUGCUCCACGAUGGAGCAGGGCCCCACGAUGGAGCAGGGACCUGGGUUGGAGGAGGGCCCCACGAUGGAGCAGGGCCCCACGAUGGAGCAGGGCCCGGUGAUGGAGGAGGUGGAAGGCCCUGCGAUGGACCAGGUGGAUGGCCCCAUGGUGGUGGAGGGCCUUGUGGAGGAGGUGGAAGGCCUCCCGAUAGAGGAAAUAGAAGGGCCCACGGUGGAGGUGGUGGAGGGCCUUGUGGAGGAGGUGGAAGGCCCCACGAUGGAGGUGGUGGAGGGCGUAGUGGAGGAGGUGGAAGGCCCCACGAUGGAGGUGGUGGAGGGCCUGGUGGAGGAGGUGGAAGGCCCCACGAUGGAGGUGGUGGAGGGCCUGGUGGAGGAGGUGGAAGGCCCCACGAUGGAGGAGAUAGAGGGCCCAUCAAUGCCAGAGGUUGAAGGCCUUGUGGAGGAGGUGGAAGGCCCUGCACUGGAGGAGGAGGAGGAAAGGCCUGCUGUGGAGGUCCCCACGGCGCAGGAUGCAUCCCAACGUAUUGAAGAUUACAGCACCAGCGGACAUGUGACCCAAAAAAGACAACCGCGGAGCAGAAGGAAAGCCCUCAAAACCAGAGAGGUGGACAACGAACAGCCAGAGGGCUCCUCAUCGUCUCUCCAGUGUGAGGAGGUUUCAGUCUCUGUAGAGACCAGUCCUGCUCCUCCAGAGAUGGAGGAGGAGGAGGAGGAGGAGGAGGAGGAGCAGGAGGAGCAGGAGGAGGAGGAGGAGGAGCAGGAGGAGGAGGAGGAGGAGGAGGCCCCUGCAACAGGUUAAAUCUUAAAACCCACCACACUCUUCGAGAAGAGGGCAGCAGCACAUUCAGUGUGUGAUGUUUGAGCUCAUGCUAAUACGGUGGUGUUGCUUUGAUAGG